CGGUGCAUCUACCGUAUAAAAAAUGUGACCGGUCAUUCCGUAUCAUUCUCAGUCACCUCUUCUGCCAUAGCAUUACUGAGCAGGUUUUCCACUUGGAAGUUUGGGGGCACUACCAGAAAUGUUCAUAGCACCAUGGAUCUGGGGAACAGUGAUAACAGUCUGUUGCACUUUUUGGUUUCUUUUUGGGAGGAGGAGAAGGAGGCGCCAAGGAGAGCCACCACUUGAAAACGGGUUCCUUCCAUACCUGGGCUGUGCCUUGCAGUUUGGUGCCAACCCCCUCGAAUUCCUCAGGGAAAAACAGAAGAAGCAUGGCCACAUUUUCACUUGUCAAGUAGCAGGGAAAUAUAUUCAUUUCCUCACUGACCCUUUUUCAUACCAUUCACUGAUACGCCAGGGAAAACACUUGGACUGGAAAAAGUUCCAUUUUGCUACUUCUGCCAAGGCUUUUGGGCAUGGUAGCAUUGACCCAGCAGAAGGAAACACCACUGAAAAUUUUCAUCAUACCUUCAUUAGAACCCUUCAAGGUAAUGCCCUCGAUGCCCUCAUCGAAGCAAUGAUGGAAAAUCUACAAUACGUCAUGCUGCAGUCAAGAGCAUCUAAACUUCAGCCUAACACCUGGGUUACAGAAGGACUUUACACAUUCUGUUGCCAGGUGAUGUUUGAAUCUGGCUUUCUAACACUUUUUGGUAAAGAGUUUAACCCAAAUCAUGACAAAAAUCUAUCAAAGCGGGAAACAGAGAGAGCUCGUAUCCUAAAUGCCCUCGAAAACUUCAAGGAAUUCGAUAAGAUCUUCCCAGCCCUUGUGGCAGGGCUGCCUAUCCAUCUAUUCAAGAGUGCCCAUAGUGCCCGUGAGAAGCUGGGAGAGGCUCUGCUCCACAAGAACCUCCUGAAAAGGGACAACCUCUCUGAGCUUGUCAUGCUCCGCAUGUUCCUGAAUGACACUCUGUCAACCUUUGAUGACAUGGAAAAAGCGAAGACCCAUGUGGCAGUGCUCUGGGCCUCUCAAGCUAACACCAUUCCUGCUACUUUUUGGAGCUUGUUCUACCUUCUUAAGAAUCCAGAAGCAAUGAGAGCUGCUACCAAAGAAGUGCAAAGUACUUUGGAAAGUGCUGGAGAGAAGAUAAGCUUAGAUGGCAACUAUAUUUCAUUGAACCGAAAACAGCUGGAUAAUAUGCCAGUGCUAGACAGCAUCAUCAAGGAGGCAAUGAGGUUAUCGAGUGCAUCCAUGACUUUCCGAGUUGCUAAGGAGGAUUUCACUUUGCAUUUAGAGGACAGUUUUUACAACAUUCGCAAGGAUGAUAUUGUAGCUCUUUAUCCUCAACUGUUGCAUUUUGAUCCAGAAAUCUAUGCUGAUCCUUUGACAUUCAAAUACGAUCGUUAUCUCAGUGAGAACAAAGAAGAGAAGACUGACUUCUACCGCAACGGUCGCAAGUUGAAGUAUUAUUAUAUGCCAUUUGGAGCAGGAAUAGCAAAAUGCCCUGGGAGGUUAUUUGCUGUCCAUGAAAUUAAACAAUUUUUGGUUCUAAUAUUUUCAUAUUUUGAGAUAGAUCUCGUUGACAGUAAUGUGCAGUGUCCUUCUUUAGAUCAAUCCCGUGCAGGACUGGGUAUUUUGCAACCAUCCAAUGACAUUGACUUCAGGUACAGACUAAAAUGCCUAUGAAUACAGAUAUUAUUAAAUCUAUAAACUAUGUACAGUAUAAAUACACUAUGUGACCAAUACUUUGUACAUAUAAUAUAUAUAUUUGCAAAUGAAACGUUACAAAUGUCAGUGGAAAAAUCCAUGGGAAGAAGCUACUUCAUCAGCUUAAUAGAAAAUAUAUGAUGCAUGCCACAUAGUAGCAGCAGACAGUGGGUUUAAUGCAUUAUAUCGACAUAAAAGUUACCCCUUUUACCAACCAUUCUAAAAUGCAACUAGUAGUGUUGAACUGUGUUUCUAUAUAGUACUUUUGGGGGUGGGGGGUUUGGCCAGCAAAUAUUUUUCAGUGUCCCAUUUUUCUAAUAUAAUCAGAAAUUUACCAGGUUGUUCUAAAUUGUAUAAAUUCAAAAGAAGUAAAAACUUAUUCUUUUUUUAUAACUGAAAUAUUGGGGAUAGAAAGUUCUCAGAGGUGAAGUAAAAUUUUUAUAGUGUAAAGGCAAUGGAAGGGAAGGGUUUCCUGGUAAAGUACCUUUAUGUUUUUAUGAAGAACUAGAAAAAGAGUUGAAUAAAAUCUACAAAAUUUUUCACGUUCUAGUGAAAUUACAAAACCUGUAUUAUAUUCACUGUAAUAUAUUUCUUUUCGGAAAGUUGUAAAUGUAUUAAAAUAAAUGAUACUAUAUGUACCAAG